AUGGGAUGGUUCUGGGCUGAUUCUCCUGCAACUGCUGCUGCGGCGUCGGGUAUGAGAAAUGCUCCUCACGCUUUGCCCAAGGAUAGCAAUGCCACUCCGCCUCCAUCAUGUCCUAUGCACAAACCCAGCGCAGAUGCUCUGAAGCCUGUGGCAAAACCUCCAGCAUCAUCACCCGAGUCCGCCUGCCCAUAUACGCCCGACAACGUCUCUCAAGAAUCUAAAGCAACGUCUAAAUACUCCAAAUACAACCCCUUGAACUACAUGUUCCCGGACUUAUCUCAAGAGAGAGCGAAGGAUCAGACUAUUGUAUUGCCAACCGAAAGGGAGCCAUCUACGAUACCUAAAGGCACUGGGGAUGGUAACUGGGAGUAUCCUUCGCCACAACAAAUGUACAAUGCUCUUUUGCGCAAAGGCUAUACUGAUACGGAUGCAACUGCCGUUGAGAGUAUGGUAUCAGUUCACAAUUUCUUGAAUGAGGGUGCUUGGGCUGAAAUUGUAGAAUGGGAACGAAGAUUUGGUAAAGGGUUGUUGAAGGGUUGGGAGAAUUGUAGAAGAGGAGAAGAGGGUUCAAAGGCAGGAGCAGAGAUUGGUGCAAAUGAAGAUGAAGUGCCCCAGCCCAAAUUGGUUCGAUUCAUGGGCAGACCGAAAGAGAUGACACCAAAGGCUGCGAUGAUUCAAGCCAUGGGUUGGGCUUUUCCGGAAAAAUAUGGUACUGAGCCACCAUUCGAUCGACACGAUUGGUUUGUCCAAAGAGAACAUAAUGGCCAGAAGAAGGAAGUUAGAUACAUCAUCGAUUAUUAUUCGGGAGGCGAAGAACCUACUGGAGAACCCAUAUUCUAUUUGGAUGUUAGACCCGCCCUCACUCCGACGCAAGCUGUAGAGCGCAUGAUGCGAUGGAGCGGUGACGUUUGGUAUCGCGCAUCAGGUGCUUCCGAUAGAGCAGCAGAAGAAAAUACAAACACUCUUGUCUUAACAUCUGCCGAUAAACACUAUGUAGAUAUACGAAUUCUUGACCCAUCCCAUCCACCCCCAAACAGCACCACCGACCCUCAAGCAAUAUUGAGGCUAGAGUGGGGUUUCGCGGGUACCGCAAUCAGCACUCCUGCAGUAUUCAAAGAUGGCGAUAAAAGCAUCUUGAUUAAGCCGGCACACACACAGUGGGUUCAUGAAAUAGAUAACAAGAUACGAAAUCCUGGACCGAAUGAUCGUGAUGAGGGUUACAUGUAUCCUGUGGAGGGCACAAACGAAGUCUUAGAAAAGGGUGCUAUGGUGAAUCCGGACACCGGGAAAGUGGAAGACUAUGAAGAACUAUGGGAGGAUCUCGAGGUUGGAAUGAUGGAAGGGGAGAAGAGUGAUUAUUUUAUGAGUUGGGUUUUGAAGACGAAAGAUGCUGGUGAAGUAAAUGGGAUGGUAAUUAGGAUUGGCGAGUGGGUACAGGGGGUCAUGAGAAAGGGGGAUGACUUCUCAGUUGUUAGAUGGAAAUGGACUAUCGAAGAGGGAUGGAAAAGAGUGUUGGCGAUUGGUGAAGAUUUCGGACUAGAUAGCAAGGUCUUUGAGAAAGAGAUAUCUGUGGGUGACAGCAUCAAGGUCGAUAGCGGCGUGGAGUGGGAAUUCAAAAGCUGUCACAAGCACAGGAACAGUUCCGUGAAUUCCAUUGGAGACAUGAUGGCGGCCCCAUUAGCACCUGUUGCACCGGCGAAGAUAUCGCCAUCCUCUUCAUUGGUUGUCACAGUCAUUCCUUCGAUAAUCGAUCCUACAUGCGGGACAUCACCCGCUCAAUAUCGUCAUUCAACAAUGGAAGUCCUCUGGAAUUCCAUGCAAAUACUUUCUCGCAAUUUGUACUGCAUUCCCCAGAUGAUGGGAUCUUUCACUUUAAGUGUGGCUCAAACGAUUCCUAAGAGCUCAGGGAGGGAUGUGUAUGAAAUCGGCAUUCAUUGUAUGUUAUGUAUCAUGGAAUGUUGCGCAAUGCUUGUGGUCAUACCGGCAUUCUUGACUAUGCCUGGAGCGAUGUUCAUGAUGUGUUGUGCAGCUAUGUGGGGGGCUAUGGUUGGGAUGUCAUGGCUAUUGAGAGGAAACGAGAGAAUUUGUGAAAGUAUAAUGUCUGUUGGAGACUUUGGGGACGAGAAAUGGAUUUUUGUUAAUGGUAGUUGUACGAGCUACACUCAAAUGAUGCAUCACCUCACUCGACUGAGUAUCAUUUUCCACCGCCGCAUGACCGGAAUCCACAAUCGCACCUUAGGACUUCCCCUCGACCUUCUCCUCCACUUCCUUUCGAUUACCAUGCCCAUCCACCGUACUCUAUACUCGCAACUUCGCGAAACUCUUUUGACACCUGGCAUCCAAAAAGUUGUCAUUCUCUCACAUUCAACGGGCUCCAAGAUCGUCUCUGAUAUCCUCGACCAACUACACGCUGAUCUACCAGCUAGCUUAAUGACGAAAUUGGAGAUCUAUACUUUCGGAGCUGCAGGUGGCUCUUUCUCGAAUCCGUUAGUUAAUUCGCUAUGUAUGGAACUUGGCGCUCUUGCAGAAAACGAUAAUACUAAUAUGAAAGCUUCUUACGAACGUGUAAUACCACACAUUGAACAUUACCUUCCUCUUACAUCCUCGCCACUGUCUACUAUGUCGAUUCUACAUCCGGUCUUACAUACUCUAGACUCUCGAUUCUGCGGCAGAAUGUUCAUCUUGAAUGGGUUUCACCCAGUCUUGUUCGAGCAAUACUUGGAUAUGAUGUUCACUUGGCGAAAAUCCGUCACUUCGGUCGAUGGGUCUGAAAGCCGAGGAUUCUGGGAUGAAAUGGUCCGAGUUGAUGGAGAGACAGCUGAAAAGAGAGAAUUUACAGCGGGGGCAAGAGGCGCAGCUGGUAUGGGGAAAGGAGAGAGGAGAUGGAGUGGGAUGAUGCAGAUGGAGAAGGAGGGAAAGAGAAGACCGGGUGGUUGGAGCUGGUCGAAGAUGGGGAUGGAUGGGGUAGGAAUGGCGAGGAGGGAGGCGAAGGCUUUGGAGGGAAAGAGAAUGAGAGAAGUGGGGAGGUUGGGUGGUUAUGAAGGUGGUGAAAGACUAAGCGUGGGCUGGUUUGAGGGAAAAGGAAUGAUGGGGUUAGAGAAGAGGAUGGCGAAUGGUGGCCAUGAUGAUCUAGGGACUGUGAAUGGAAUUGAGAGCGAUCUUGAGGGUGGAGAUAAAGUGGCAGUUGAUAAUUCUGGGGAUUCUCGAAACUUUAGGGUAGAUAUCAAUGGAGGCAGCUCGAUUUUUGAGCUCAACGAAGAAGGAACCGACGUUGAUUUGGAUAUGUUAGUGGCAGUAUGGUUUUAA